UUAUCCGGGUGGGCACCGAAGACAGAACUUCUGCCCAGAGGCCCCAGCUGUCUCCAUUGGUGAAGCCUCACCUGACCCACUUUUGCAGGGGCUUAUAGAAUGUCAGAGCUGAAAAUGGGCUUAGAAAACAGCACCACAGCUGGAAGAAAAGGACCUGAGAAGCCACCCAAUACAAUCCCUCAAUUUUAUAAGGAAAGAAAAUAAAGAUCAGACACUUAGAUAAUGACUUGACCAAAGUCAACAAGCUAAGUGGCAGAGCAGAGCUGGAACCCAAGACUUCUGCCUUUUAAAUUUUGCAGACACCCACUGUGCCGUCUGAAGUUUCCACCCUUGUGGGGAUUAGGCUUGCUCACUAGGGCUAUUGAGAUGAUAGCCAAGAAAGUGCUUUGAAAAAGUUAAAAAACAAACUACUUAACGUCCAUGUGAGGGAUUAUUGGAUUUUUACUUUGUUAGAAACGGCUUCAGAAACCUUUUGGAACUGCUUCCAGUGAAACUGGCCUUGUUCACAUAAGACAUCCCAUCUCCUCGGUGCCUUUUUACACAGGUUGUACCCCAUGCCUGGGAUACUUUUGUAAUCUCUGCCUCACAGAAUCCCUAGUUUCCUUCAAAACCCAGCUAGAAAUGUGAGGUUUUUCUCGAUCCUUGUCCCUCCUCCCUCAAUUCCUUUUGUCCACACUUUGUAUUGAUUUUGUUCUAACACGUGUUCAUGUCUCCUCAGAAGAAUGCAAGCUCCAUGAGACCAGAGACUGAUUCAUUUUGUCUUUGGAUCACCAGUGCCUAGCAAAAAAAGUCGGUGCUUAAUGAGUGUUUAUUGAUUGAUCCAUCCUGGGAGAGAGGGGGAGGUGUGGGGCACUUCGCUGUUGUUUCUGUAGAGGACUCCUGGGUGAGCGCCAUCCCAAUGGGGUAGGGGUAUUCAGUCUAAGUAGAUGAAUCCCAAUUCCAAGGGUUCGAGAUUCUGGACUUGGGCACUGCACUGCAAGAUCCCACAUCUGUAAGUUCCUCAUUACAACCGUUUUCCCGUCACUUAUACCGAACAGGUCUGGGCCGCAGAAUCCAGCGACUGAUGCGGCCAGUGGUUUUCGAUCCUGGGCUCCCAAGGCCGGUGAGCCCGGAGCAGGCGGAGUCGGGGGCGGGGCCGUGGCAGGAAGAGACCGGAGGGAACCGCGGAGCCGAGUAGGGAGGCCGUGUCAUCGCUGGGGCUUCGCGCACCAUGGCCUCCCGCCUUCUGCACCGCCUGCGGCACGCCCUGGCCCUAACUGGAGAGGGCCCGGGGGAGCCGGCCCCAGGCUCGGAGGCUGAGGAAUUCCCGGAGAGCUCGGAGCUCGAGGAGGAUGAUACCGAGGGCUUAUCCACACGUCUCAGUGGCACCUUGAGUUUCACCAGCACGGAAGAUGAUGAGGAAGAGGAGGAAGAGGAGGAAAACGGAGAUCCUCUGGGAUCAGGGCCUGCCCUGGGCCGAAGACUUAAGAGUCCUGGAGAGGAUGGAUCUGGCGAGGAUGGAGAUCGGAGUGCUCCAACAGAAGGUUCCCGAGGCAGUAACCUCUUGACUCGGCAACUACAAGACUUCUGGAAAAAGUCAAAAAGUAACCUGGUACCCCAGCGGCUGCUCUUUGAAGUGACCAGCGCCAACGUCAUCAAUGAGCCCCCCUCCAAGUACGUGCUCUACACCAUCGCCCUGAUAGGCCCCGGGCCACAGGAACACGUGCCAGCCCAGAUUUCCCGGCGCUACUCAGACUUUGAACGACUACACCGGCAACUUCGGCAGCAAUUCCGCGGUCCCAUGGCUGCAGUUUCCUUCCCCCGAAAACGUCUACGGAGGAAUUUUACUGCUGAGACCAUUGCCCGCCGCAGCCGAGCCUUUGAACAAUUCCUGGGGCACCUGCAGGCUGUUCCUGAGCUUCGUGAGGCACCUGGCCUCCAGGACUUUUUCAUCCUACCCGAGCUUCGACGGGCACAAAGGCUUACCUGCACUGGCCUCUACCGGGAGGCCCUAGGGCUCUGGACUAACGCCUGGCGCCUGCAGACCCAACUAGGCACUCCAGUAGGUGCCCAUCGGACACUGUUGACUCUGGUAGGCCUGGCCGUGUGCCACCAAGAGCUGGAGCAACCCAGUGAAGCACGGCUGAGUUGUGAGCAGGCGCUGCAGCUGUUGGGAGCUAGUGAUUCCCAUCCCCUGCUGGGACCUUUUCUUGAGGCUCAUGUUCGCCUCUCCUGGAGGCUUGGCAUUGACAAGCGCCAGUCAGAGGCCCAGCUCCAGGCCCUGCAAGAAGCUGGCCUCACCUCCACUCCACCCCCCAGCCUCAAGGAACUGCUUAUCAGGGAGGCUCUGGACUGAAAGGGCUUCUUCCCAUCCUGACAGGGAUGGUGGGUAAGAAGCUGUGGGGACAGGACUGACAAUAGAGGGUGGUAAGAACUAGAAAAAUCAUAGUUUCAGAAAAGACCUAGUCUAACCCUCUGGAUCUGUUUCCUUCUCAUACAACUUGCCUAAGGUUACACAGGUUAGUAAGCAGCAGGUCUCCAAUGUCGACGUAGGUUCUUUGCCUUGGGAUUAAGACCCUCAUGUCUUUUCAGUGGGUUACCAUUUUGCUGUGCCCCCAACUAGCCCUGCGUCUCUGUGGUCAGCCUUACCUGCAGGGGGCAGUGAUGGGAACGGAGGAGUCUGGCAUGUUUCUCUACCAAGGAGCAGCAAUGGACUCCUCCCCAGACUCUGCCCCCUCCAUUAUCCCUUUCCCAUCCAGCUUGGAGUGUCAGUCUCCUCAAAAGGCCAAGAGUAGUGGAGCGACUGCUCGAGACCAGGGGAAUAAAAAGGCGGAAUCCUC